AUGAAUGGCGGUCGGUUUGAUUUCGAUGAUGGUGGUACAUACGUUGGUGGCUGGGAAGAGGGAAAGGCACAUGGCCAUGGCGUCUGCUCUGGUCCUCAAGGGAAGGGCGAAUACGCCGGUGCCUGGCACUAUGGCUUCGAGGUGUCUGGUGCCUACUACUGGCCAUCUGGGAACACAUAUCAUGGUCAGUGGCAAAAUGGAAAGCGACACGGGUUGGGUGUGGAGCAAAGGGGGCGAUGGACCUACAAAGGUGAAUGGACGCAAGGUCAGAAGGGACGGUAUGGAGUACGGAAUUCGGCUACUUCUCAGGCGCGGUAUCAGGGCACCUGGUCCGGAGGAUAUCACGAUGGCUACGGCACGGAGAUAUACGUGGAUGGCGGCAACUACCAGGGCCAGUGGCUGCGAGGGCUGCGGCACGGUUACGGUACCCGACGAAGUGCCCCGUUCGGCCAGGCGGCCAAGUUGCGGCCCAAGUCUCAGACGCACGCCUCGCUGACGAGCCUCCGGAGUGGUCGAGGCCAGCAUUUGCUAUUCUACCCUAAUUCUUUACACCAUAAUGGAAGAAGUGGUUUCGUACUGAAAGCAAAUAGCAAUGCACCAGCUAGGCGAAGACGAUCGCUGUCGGAACGUUCGCUGGCAGUGAAACGAACACUGUUAUCUGGUCUUCGGAUAAAGAAGCAGCAUUCGACGGGGGACAUACAUCAGCGAGUCACAAGUAUGACCGGAAGUCUUCGGUCAAGUGGUAGCACAAUGAGUUGCACAUCGGAGGAUUCUCUUCAUCAUCACCACCACAAGGCGUUCGUGAGCGCCGAGUUCUAUAGCGGCGAAUGGAAGAAUGAUACACGUAGUGGAUUCGGAGUUUGUGAGCGUUCUGAUGGGUUACGGUAUCAAGGCGAAUGGACGAACAACACAAAAAAUGGCUAUGGUGCAACCACGUUGCGAGAUGGCACUCGUGAAGAAGGCAAAUACAAGAACAACGUUCUCGUGGCAUCUAGCCGUCGGAAGGGCAUGCUGUUCGUGCGAAGCAACAAGUUGAAGGAGCGAGUGGAGGCAGCCGUCGAGACGGCUAUCAGAGCGGCCAGCAUCGCGCAACAGAAGGCGGACAUAGCAGUGUCGCGGACGUCGACAGCUAAGGAACGUGCGGAGCAGGCGAUGUUCGUCGCAAAGCAAGCUCGAGACGACGCAGAGAUGGCCAAGCUCGAGGCCGAGCGUUUUGACCCCAGUUUCCGCCGGCGUUACUAUGGCGAGAAUUCCGGUGGUGAGUCUUUCGGGACCGACAUCUCGGAUCCGCACUCCUAUUCACGUCAUCUAUCGCAGCCUCACAGCAAGCAACACUCGUUUGAACAGGUGGGCUCCAGUUGUUCGCGAAAUCUGUCUGUGGAUAUCGCUGAUCCAUCGUACCUGACACCACUAGUGCCUCCCCUGCCGCCUCAAAUGAGUGGUAGUGUCACUGCGUCUGGUCAGUCUUCCCCUCUUAUAGGAAAUCAUAUCGGCUCUCAACAACCGACAGCCCUUUCGCUGUCGUUAAUUCGGGUUAAUAAGCGUUAUUUUAGUGACGAUCACUUCGAUCAGUAUGUGAUGACCGGUACAAGUACGCAGCCGAAGCUUCGACGCAACCGACCUUCGUUGAUGCGACAGAGUGACGUAAACGAUGUCAGCGGGGUACUAAAUCGUCGUUCUACUCUCGCCUCAUCUCGUGAUCGCCGGUUAGAACUCACACAAGAUUCCAGUGAGAAUCUGGGAAGUCUGCCGAAUUUGGUCGAAUUGGAGAACAGCGGUAUACGUCUUCGUCGAGAAGAUGCGGCUCGUUUGGCAUCGCAACGUCGUCAGGAGAUACUUCGCGAUCAGGAGGACCAAGCCCUCCUUAGGGCAAAUCCACUUCGAUAUCUAUUCCAUCCUGCUUUCAAGGCGUGGCUGGUUCGUUGGAAGGUACCGAUCUUCCUCGCAGCUGCAAACCUCACACUACUCUUUCUCUUUUACUAUCUGCUCACUUACGAUAGGAGACGUCGUUAG